AUGGCCAGGAAUAUGUCGAAUAUGCCAAUGAUGCAGCUGCAUCAAGAGCCAACUCCUCAGCCCAAGUUGAAGGCUCCGGAUGUGUUCAAUGGCACAAGCACACAGAAACUAGACCCUUUCCUUGUCCAAUGCAUGAUGUACAUUGUGCUCCAGCCCCACGAGUUCACCACCAAAGACUCCAAGGUCGGCUUCAUGUUAUUGUAUCUGUCCAGCUCCCCCUACAACUGGUUCCAAUUGCAAAUCACUGCCACCCUCAAAACUGGAAUGGCCCAGACCAUCCUAUGGCUCUCAGAUGUUUUACUCUUCAUUGAGGAGCUCAAACAACUUUUCGGCCCACAAGACCUUGAGAAUCUCACCUUCCGAGACUCCGGCAAAGCUAUCAACAACAACGGCCCCAGUUCCGGCUCAUCCAAUUCCAAGGGCAACCCAGCUGGAUCGUCUUCUGGGUCCAGCUCUGGCUUCUCAAACUUCAAGUCUGGCUCCAACAACAACAACAACAGCAAGGAUAAGGACAAAUCCAAGUCCAAAGGCUCGUCCUCGGACAAGCUGAAUCCCCUGGCUGACAAGUUGGGUUCCGACGGAAAGCUCAAGCCCAAGGAACGAGAACACCAGCUCAAGGGAGGCCUUUGCCUCUUUUGUGGAAAACCUGGCCACAUUGCUUCCAACUGCCAAAAGCGUAAUGCCGCCAAAGGUCGCACCUCGUCUACCACAGCCACCCCAGCUGCUCCAGCUCCCACCGCUUCCGCAUCUGCUGCUUCGGCUGUGAAGGACACUAAGUCCAGAACAGCAAAAGAUUGCUCUCACGAUGUCCCCAAAGAAGUUCGCCUUAAUGCCACAGCACUAUCCAAUCCUGACUCCCUCAUGCUCCCUGUUACAUUACACUCACCACUCACGGUCUUGGCCACUGGCCUGGUUGAUUCUGGCUCCACUCACUGCUUCAUCAACACUACCUUCAUAUCCACUAAUAGUUUCCCUACUUAUGAUAUACCUCCUUUAGCAUUAUGCCUCCUUGAUGGGACUGUUAACUCUUGGAUAACCCAAGCUGUCGAUGUCCCUAUCCGAUAUCCGACCGGCGACAUUCUUUUCUUGACUUUCCAUGUCACUAAACUGGAUUCUUCAUGUGCCUUAGUCUUUGGAUACAAUUGGCUGCGUAAUUACAAUCUGUUGAUUGACUGGUCCGCAGGCCUUUUACAUUCUUUCCAAUGUCUUCUGCGAUCUGAGGCUCUUCCAAGUCUAUCUGGCCACUCAGCUUCUGCCUUGCCAGCUACUCCAGUCAUUGCCGAGUCACCUCCAGUCCCUCCUGAUCCUCCUGCACCUCCUUAUGAACCCUCUCCCACAUCAUCCACUCCCUUACCUCAUGUCUCCCUCAUCAAUGCAGUCGCUUUUGCUUUUUCCUGCCACCUCCCAGGGUCAGUCUCAUUCCAACUGGCCCUAUCCAAAGACGGUUCUGUCUUGGCUCGCUCUUCAGCUACUGAUAACCCAGAACCGGUUGACCUCUCAUCCGUCCUGGAAGACUACCAUGACUUCCCAGAUGUGUUCAGCAAAUCCAAGGCCAACACCCUCGCUCCUCAUCGUCCCUAUGAUCUCAAGAUUGACCUUGAGGAAGACUACCGCAGCCUUAACAAAGUCACCAAGAAGGACCGCUAUCCCCUCCUGCUCAUCUCCGACCUAUUGGAUGCUCCCGGCAAAGCCAAGGUCUUCACCAAAAUUGAUCUUUGGCAUGCCUACCACCUUGUCAGAAUUGCAGAUGGUGACGAAUGUAAAACCACAUUCCAGACCCGCUAUGGCUCGUUCAAAUGGAUGGUUAUGCUGUUCGGCUUAUCCAACGCUCCAGCCGCCUUCCAGUGA